GUUUCACCAGCGGGAGGGAACCAGGAAGUAACGCGAAUUAUGUGCAGCUGAUAUUCUGUCCAUUUGAAAGGUGAGUUUUACAUUUACUAACCAUAUUACAGGAUAUAUAUUACAUUCCUCGGUGCAUUGUUAUGUGCUGCAUUAUUGGCAUGAAAGCUUGUUUAAAAAUUCUGCAAACUCGUGCUAAAACAGGUCUGCCCGAUAGUGACAGCCACCGGUUUGCUAACCAUUCAUUAACCAGUUAGCUUUAGCCGAAAAGCUUGAAUGUAUGCUUUGCCUAGCGCAGUUUCUAAAAAAUUAAAUACGUUGUAAUAGUUUAAAGGUAUUUCUUUAUGCAACUUUGCAGGUAACGUUAAGUAAUUAUUUUCAUAGUCGACGAGCCAACGUUACAUUAACUUAGCUAGCUAGGUAGCAAACUACUACUAGCUAGUACUGUAGUUGCAAGCAAUGUUGUUGCCACCUGACAGUGCCAGGUGCAUCAUAAUUAUCCAGGCUAAAAUCUGAAGAUGAGGUCUAGGUAACUAACUGCUUUUAGCAACGCUAGUAUUUACACACUAGCGUUGUUGGCAAUUAGCUUUCAAAACAACUGGUCCGCCGGAAGCCAGAGGUUAAAUAAAAUUACAUUUCAACUUACUCUGAUUGACUGUAGGCGUUGUCCUUAUGCAGGCGGAAUUCCAGAAGAAGAAAAAAUACAUCUAAUGGCAUGUAUAAAUAAACAGAAUUCCCAAACAUAGGUCUGUUGUAGACCCAUGUAGUUCCUCAGCCAGAUUUGCCUGACAACUCAAACUGAAUUGUUCUGUUUGCUGCAUACUUCAGUCAUUUUUGGUGAAGUGAAAAUGAGGGGUGUUGUACAAAACAAGUAAUCAGCAAUUGGAGUAUCAAAGACAAUGAAGAAUUUCUAAACGCUGCUUUACCCACAUGUGGCCCUGGCCCAACCCAUUGGUUUCUGGGACCAAUCAGAACGGUGAGAAUGUGUUUGCGUUCUAGAAAUCGUUGGGGAGGUACUCAGUUUCAGACUCAUUGCUGAGAAGAAACUAAAGUCUUCCGCAUGCUUUGGUUUGGCUGGCACCUAGACGAGUUUCCGAACGAGUGUGCUCGCAUACUCUCUUUAAAUACCUUAACUUGAAAAACAAGGGGAAAAGUGGCAAUAGUACUGAGACGCCAUAGCCAGUAUAGAAAAGUCACAAUUAAUCAAAGAUAAUUAAGAAUUUAAUUUGACAUCUAACUAGGAUGUUUGGUGCAGUAUUUCUCAAGUAAAAAAAUGCAUGAAAACGAGUCGUCCAUUGUUGAAUGACAGCGAACACUUCAUUGAAGAAUCUCUAGACUUUGGCUACCGAAAUUUGGCUUGCCUCGAGAAAAAAUGUAAUGUGCACGAACAGCCGAAAAAACGUCACAAUGUUGUCAUAAUAUACAGUGCCUUGAGAAAGUAUUCAUACCCCUUGACUUAUUCCACAUUUUGUUGUGUUACAGCCUGAAUUCAAAAUUGAUUAAAUAGAUUGUUUUUCUCACCCAUCUACACACAAAACCCCAUAAUGACAAAGUGAAAACAUAUUUUAGACUUUUGUUAAUUUAUUGAAAAUGAAAUACAGAAAUAUCUAAUUUACAUAAGGAUUCACACCCCUAAGUCAAUACUUUGUAGAAACACCUUUGGCAGUGAUUACAGCUGUGAGUCUUUCUGGGUAAGUGUCUUAAGAGCUUUUCACACCUGGAUUGUACAACAUUUGCUCAUGAUUUUGCAUUUUUGUUUCACCUGGCUGCCAAUUUCUGAUCUUCUAAGAACAUAAUUUGAGGAGUGUCCUGAAGCGUGAGAGGAAUGGGAGCUACAGGUAUACAACAGUGCUGAGGCAGAGGGCUCAUAGUGAGGGCGACUGGCUACUAUUCUGAACUUUGUGUGGUGAGCUUUCUGGCGCCCAGAGCUGCUGAGGCAUCACCCAAGUGGGUGCUACACAGAGUGGAAGAGGAAAAGUCCAGUGGCUAUAAGACUCAAUCAUCAGCAGACUCCAUCACCAUCAUCUACCAUUCUUUGAUCAGCUCCCUCUGCUCAAGCCAUUAACCUCUCCAUCUUCGGAGGAUGCAGCUUCCAAAGACUUGGCCUCUAUUGGUUGACCUGUCAUGAUAUAUUGCUUGUUUGUUUUUUCCACUUGAAGCACUUUGAAAUUCUAUGAAAAGCGGUAUAGAAAUGUUAUAAAAAAAUAUUAUUAUUUUCAAAAUUCUUCAAGCUUUGUCAAAUUGGUUGUUGAUCCUUGGUAGACAACCAUUUUCAGGUCUUGCCAUAUAUUUUCAAGUAGAUUUAAGUCAAAAAUUUAACUCUGCCACUCAGGAACUGUCUUCUUGGUAAGCAACUCUAGUGUAGAUUUGGCCUUGUUUUAGGUUAUUGUCCUGCUGAAAGGUGAAUUAAUCUCCCAGUGUCUGGUGGAAAGCAGACUGAACCAGGUUUUUCCCUGUGCUUAGCUCCAUUCCGUUUCUUUUUUUAUCCUGAAAAACUCCCCAGUCCUUAACGAUGACAAUCAUACCCAUAACAUUAUGCAGCCACCACUAUGCUUGAAAAUAUGAGGUGGGUACUCAGUAAUGUGUUGUAUUGGAAUUGCCCCUAACAAGACAAAAAGUGAAUUGCUUUGCCACAAUUUUUGCAGUAUUAAUUCAGUGCCUUGUUGCAAACAGGAUGCAUGUUUUGGAAUAUUUUUUAUUCUGUACAGGCUUCCUUCUUUUCACUAUGUCAAUUAGGUAACUGCAAUGUUGAUGAUCCAUCCUCAGUUUUCUCCUAUCACAGCCAUUCAACUCUGUAGCUGUUUUAAAGUCACCAUUGGCCUCAUGGCGAAAUCCCUAAGCGGUUGCGUUCCUCUCAUGCAACUAAGUUAGGAAGGACGCCUGUAUCUUUUUAGUGACUGGGUUUAUUGAUACACCAUCCAAAGUGUAAUUCAUAACUUCACCAUGCUCAAAGGGAUAUUCAAUGUCUGCUUUUUUUAUUUUGACCCAUCUACCAAUAGGUGCCCUUCUUUGUGAGGCAUUGGAAAACCUCCAUGGUCUUUGUGGUUGAAUCUGUGUCUAAAAUUCACUGCUCGACUGAGGGACCUUACAGAUACUUGUAUGUGUGGGGUACAGAGAUGAGUUAGUCAUUCAAAAAUCAUGUUAAACACCAUUAUUGUACACAAAGUGAGUCCAUGCAACUUGUUACGUGACUUGUUAAGCACUUUUUUUUACUGAACGUAUUUAGGCUUGCCAUAACAAAUGGGUUUAAUACUUAUUGACUCAAGACCUUUCAGCUUUUACAUUUUAAUAAUUUGUAAAAAUGUCCAAAAAAAGAAUUCCACUUUGACAUUUUGGGGUAUUGUGUGUAAACCAGUGACAAACAUCUCAAUUUAAUCAAUUUUAAAUUCAGGCUGUAACACAAGAAAAUGUGGAAAAAGUCAAGGGAUGUGAAUACUUAAGGCACGGUAUGUACUGUUUCGGAUGUGAAGCAUGCGGACGCCUUAACGUCCGUGGGUGUAUCGUUUUGCCGGAGUGAGGAGUUUGGGUAGCCAGCCAACAGUGAGGUCAGUUCCUCUCUGCUUCCCUCAUGUCAAAAUAAAAGUCCCCUACAACUUUUUUUGUUCAGGUAUUGUCAUGUGCAGUCGGAGAGGAAGUGGGUCUACAACAGACCUAUGUUUGGAAAGUCUGUUUAAUUUAUGUUCUAUUAUGUUUUUUUCUCAAUUUCCCCCCUGCGUAAGGACCAACCCUACGGACAAUUGGCAGAGUAAGUUGAAAUUAAAUUCCUGCGGACUAUUCAGUGUUUUGCAAGCAGCGCUAGUGUGUAAAUGAUAGCGUUGCUAAAGGCAGCUAAGGUCUAGGACAGUGAUGGACAACUUUGAUGGGGGUGGGGCCCACAAAAAAACGGAAUUAAUCAUGAGAGGCCGCAGUCGCUCGUGGGUCUGUGUACCCACAUCCAUCCCCCUCCCCCGCCGUGAGCAAAACAUUUUAGCGGCCGCCCUCAUGAAAUAAAAUGAAAUAAAAAUAUUGAUAGCAUUGGUCCACGGUCCUUCAAAAGAAGGGCCGCCAGUUGCCCAUCCCUGGUCUAGGCUAAUGUUUAUACGGUAAUGACUUUGUCCCUGUUAUUCUAUAAACUAAGAGCACUGGCAUGCCGUUCUGUUUUUGGUAACCAAAUAUGAUAACAUACUGGGUAGAACUCAUACACAUCUCUGAAAAUAGUGUAGGCAUGUUCAUAUUACCUAAAAAUGUGGAGCGCAUUCCUUUCCUCGCGUCCUCUCCUCGCUUCCCUCUAUGUUGAGAAGGAUGUGAGAAAUUGGAGAGACAUUUGAGAUUCACCCACAGUAUCCUUCUCUUCCUCCUCAGCUGGAAGGAUGGGCAGGCAGAGGAAGAGAGUGGUGACUGGCGAGGCUGACCCCCCUCCCACAAGGAAAGACGAGAAGCCUGCCACCCUACAACGCAAGGAAAAGAAAAAGAAGCUUGACAUCGGCAAAAUCUUCAUCAACAUCUCCAUCGGUCUCUGCAUCUUCAGCCUUAUCUGGUUCUUCUAUGCCCUGUACAUGCGUUCCUCGCUGGCCAAACGGGUGGUAACUCUGCACCACUCGCCGCCCGUCCUCGAUGCCAACAGCACAAGCGCUGAGGUGUCCCCUGAGAGGUUUUGGGGCUCCUACCGACCCCAGGUCUACUUUGGGAUGAAAACCAGGAGCCCCAGAUCUGUUGUCACAGGUACAAGACUAUAAUUUCUCUACAUUCACCCUUAAAUAUUUGCUAAUACUAUUGACUAAAGUGUCAGUUGGCAAUAACAACUGUGUGUGCUAUGUGGCAAGCGGUACUCAAAUCAAAUCAAAUCAAAUUUUAUUGGUCACAUGCGCCGAAUACAACAGGUGCAGACAUUACAGUGAAAUGCUUACUUACAGCCCUUAACCAACAGUGCAUUUAUUUUAAACAAAAAAAGUAAGAAUAAAACAACAACAAAAAAAAGUGUUGAGAAAAAAAAAGAGCAGAAGUAAAAUAAAGUGACAGUAGGGAGGCUAUAUAUACAGGGGGGUACCGUUGCAGAGUCAAUGUGCGGGGGCACCGGCUAGUUGAGGUAGUUGAGGUAAUAUGUACAUGUGGGUAGAGUUAAAGUGACUAUGCAUAAAUACUUAACAGAGUAGCAGCAGCGUAAAAAGGAUGGGGUGGGGGGGCAGUGCAAAUAGUCCGGGUAGCCAUGAUUAGCUGUUCAGGAGUCUUAUGGCUUGGGGGUAGAAGCUGUUGAGAAGUCUUUUGGACCUAGACUUGGCACUCCGGUACCGCUUGCCGUGCGGUAGCAGAGAGAACAGUCUAUGACUAGGGUGGCUGGAGUCUUUGACAAUUUUGAGGGCCUUCCUCUGACACCGCCUGGUAUAGAGGUCCUGGAUGGCAGGAAGCUUUGCCCCAGUGAUGUACUGGGCCGUACGCACUACCCUCUGUAGUGCCUUGCGGUCAGAGGCCAAGCAGUUGCCAUACCAGGCGGUGAUGCAACCAGUCAGGAUGCUCUCGAUGGUGCAGCUGUAUAAUUUUUUGAGGAUCUGAGGACCCAUGCCAAAUCUUUUUAGUCUCCUGAGGGGGAAUAGGCUUUGUCGUGCCCUCUUCACGACUGUCUUGGUGUGUUUGGACCAUGAUAGUUCGUUGGUGAUGUGGACACCAAGGAACUUGAAGCUCUCAACCUGUUCCACUACAGCCCCGUCAAUGAGAAUGGGGGCGUGCUCAGUCCUCUUUUUUUUCCUGUAGUCCACAAUCAUCUCCUUUGUCUUGGUCACGUUGAGGGAGAGGUUGUUGUCCUGGCACCACACGGCCAGAUCUCUGACCUCCUCCCUAUAGGCUGUCUCAUCGUUGUCGGUGAUCAGGCCUACCACUGUUGUGUCGUCGGCAAACUUAAUGAUGGUGUUGGAGUCGUGCCGGGCCGUGCAGUCAUGGGUGAACAGAGAGUACAGGAGGGGACUGAGCACGCACCCCUGAGGGGCCCCCGUGUUGAGGAUCAGUGUGGCAGAUGUGUUGUUACCUACCCUUACCACCUGGGGGCGGCCCGUCAGGAAGUCCAGGAUCCAGUUGCAGAGGGAGGUGUUUAGUCCCAGGAUCCUUAGCUUAGUGAUGAGCUUAGAGGGCACUAUGGUGUUGAAUGCAGAGCUGUAGUCAAUGAAUAGCAUUCUCACGUAGGUGUUCCUCUUGUCCAGGUGGGAAAGGGCAGUGUGGAGUGCGAUAGAGAUUGCAUCAUCUGUGGAUCUGUUGGGGCGGUAUGCAAAUUGGAGUGGAUCUAGGGUUUCUGGGAUUAUGCUGUUGAUGUGAGCCAUGACCAGUCUUUCAAAGCACUUCAUGGCUACAGACGUCAGUGCUACGGGUCGGUAGUCAUUUAGGCAGGUUAUCUUAGAGUUCUUGGGCACGGGGACUAUGGUGGUCUGCUUGAAACAUGUUGGUAUUACAGACUCAGUCAGGGACAUGUUGAAAAUGUCAGUGAAGACACUUGCCAGUUGGUCAGCACAUGCUCGGAGUACACGUCCUGGUAAUCCGUCUGGCCCUGCGGCCUUGUGAAUGUUGACCUGCUUAAAAGUCUUACUCACAUCGGCUACGGAGAGCGUGAUCACAUAGUCAUCCGGAACAGCUGGUGCUCUCAUGCAUGCUUCAGUGUUGCUUGCCUCGAAGCGAGCAUAGAAGUGGUUUAGCUCGUCUGGUAGGCUUGUGUAACCUGUUAGCUACUCACCAGAGGAACACAAUGGAAAUAAAUUGUGUAAUUUAUUGUGUUUCCUCAUAUUAUAUGUGGAUUAUAUCAGGGUUUCUGUUAGGAGCCUACCUCUUAAAGAGCCUACUGUUAAUCCUUAAAGUCCAAGGAUCUUAUGUUAUUUUCAGAGGUAGACUGGCUCUGGCAGCAAAAACUGCCAAAUACUCUUAUCUAAACAUGAAUCGAUUCUGCGAUAUGGUUUUUUAGAAGCAUAAAGCCCUUUACUUUCAUGUCACAUCAAAAUCAUUUUACAACUGCAAGAUAUACACCUACUGUACACUGUUUUAUCCAGCCUUAUCACAGUUGCAGCUGACAGUAUCUUUCAGUGACAAUACGUUUCUGGCGGCCUUCUUCCGUUACACACAGGUGUUUGGAGCAUGCUAAAUAGCUAGUUAGCACAUGUGGUCCCUCUGUCUUCCAUCUUGUCUUCCGUAAACACACGCUGUAACAUGGAGAUAUGACCUCCUUGUGGAAAGACUAACCCUAUAUUUUUAUUUCUCAACUGGUAAUUGAAGCGAGCUUCCCAUUCGCCAUUCAAGCGCAUAGACAACUAGGCAUGCGUUAGCUCGUCACACACCACUUUGCAAUGAGCUGGAAGCAGUAUGCAUUUUUAAAACAUAUGCUUAAUUGUUUGAAACCUUAACAUUUUACUGCAUAUUAUGGGGCAUGUCUUACCUUGCUUCUACUGGUUGUAUGAAUUUGGGAUCUAUCGUCUCACAACUGUCCCUGUCUGUUUGGAAUAGUCUAUUUCUUUCUCGCACAGAUUGACAAGCUGACCAAUAGAAUAGGUCAACUUUUCUACUAUGGGGGAAAGUAGAUUGACAUAGGCUAGUGAUUUUGCUGUUCGUUACUCGUUUUGUUGGCUGAGGAAAAGUAAAUGUGGACAGUUAUUCUUCAAAUUGCUCAUCAGAAUUCGGUAGGAAGGACACACGCCAUUGCAUCCUCGAAUUGCAUGUUUUGUUAAAAUGAAUUACCAUAAAGUAAAUGUGAUUUCUUUCAUUCUGAGCACCGUGGGUGGACGCUCUAAUCAGGUUACACACCCAAUGCAUAUGGAUCCGGUAAAUUUCUAAAUGUCCUGUAAAUUAAAUGUCCAGCGCCACAUUUUCAAACGGAAACCCUGGAUUAUAUACACUACUGUUCAAAAGUUUGGGGUCACUUAGAAAUGUCCUUGUUUUCAAUUAAAACAUACAUGAAAUGAGUUUGAAUAUGAAAUAUAACAAAAUGCAUAGGAAAUGUAGUCAUUGACAAGGUUAGAAAUAAUGAUUUUUAAUUGAAAUAAUAAUUGUGUCCUUCAAACUUUGCUUUCGUCAAAGAAUCCUCUAUUUGCAGCAAUUACAGCCUUGAAGACCUUUGGCAUUAUAGUUGUCAAUUUGUUGAGGUAAUCUGAAGAGAUUUCACCCCAUGCUUCCUGAAGCACCUCCCACAAGUUGGAUUGGCUUGAUGGGCACUUCUUACGUACCAUACGGUCAAGCUGCUCCCACAACAGCUCAAUAGGGUUGAGAUCAGGUGACUGUGCUGGCCACUCCAUUAUAGACAAAAUACCAGCUGACUGCUUCUUCCCUAAAUAGUUAUUGCAUAGUUUGGAGCUGUGCUUUGUGUCAUUGUCCUGCUGUAGGAGGAAAUUGGCUCCAAUCAAGCGCCGUCCACAGGGUAUGCAUGGCGUUGCAAAAUGGAGUGAUAGCCUUCCUUCUUGAAGAUCCCUUUAACCCUGUACAAAUCUCCCACUUUACCACCACCAAAGCACCCCCAGACCAUCACAUUGCCUCCACCAUGCUUGACAGAUGGCAUCAAGCACUCCUCCAGCAUCUUUUCAUUUGGUCUGCGUCUCACAAAUGUUCUUCUUUGUGAUCCGAACACCUCAAACUUUGAUUUGUCUGUCCAUAACACUUUUUUCCAAUCUUCCUCGGUCCAGUGUCAGUGUUCUUUUGCCCAUAUUAAUCUUUAAUUUUUAUUGGCCAGUCUGAGAUAUGGCUUUUUCUUUGCAACUCUGCCUAGAAGGUCAGCAUCCCGGAGUCGCCUCUACACUGUUGACGUUGAGACAGGUGUUUUGCGGGUACUAUUUAAUGAAGCUGCCAGUUGAGGACCUGUGAGGCGUCUGUUUCUCAAACUAGACACUCUAAUGUAUUUGUCCUCUUACUCAGUUGUGCACCUGGGUCUCCCAGUCCUCUUUCUAUUCUAGUUAGAGCCAGUUUGCGCUGUUCUGUGAAGGGAGUAGUACACAGCGUUGUACGAGAUCUUCAGUUUCUUGGCAAUUUCUCACAUGGAAUAGCCUUCAUUUCUCAGAACAAGAAUAGACUGACGAGUUUCAGAACAAAGUUAUUUGUUUCUGGCCAUUUUGAGCCCGUAAUCGAACCCACAAUUGCUGAUGCUCCAGAUACUCAACUAGUCUCAAGAAGGCCAGUUUUAUUGCUUCUUUAAUCAGCACAACAGUUUUCAGCUAUAUUAACAUAAUUGCAAAAGGGUUUUCUAAUGAUCAAUUAGUCUUUUUUAAAAUGAUAAACUUGGAUUAGCAAACACAACGUGCCAUUGGAACACAGGCUGAUGGUUGCUGAUAAUGGGCCUCUGUACGACUAUGUAGAUAUUCCAUUAAAAAUCAGCCUUUUCCAGCUACAAUAGCCAUUUACAACAUUAACAAUGUCUACCACUGUAUUUCUGAUCAAUUUGAUGUUAUUUUAAUGGAAAAAGAUUGCUUUUCUUUCGAAAACAAGGACAUUUCUAAGUGACCCCAAACUUUUGAAAGGUAGUGUACAUAAUCCAUGUACAUGUUUAACAUUUAAUAUUUUGGGGAAUUAUUAAAUAAAAUAAAUGAAUUAAUUCUGUGUUUCCAUUUCUCUACAUCCCAGGGAUGAUGUGGAUGCGUCAGUUCUCUGAGGUGGACGUGAACCUCAGGCACACGUGCGAGCAGGGUGACCGGCUGCAGGGCUACGGCUGGCUGAUGCAUGACGGCCUCAGCUUCGGUGUGCAGGAGAUCCACGACAGCGACUUUACCCUCACCACGGAGUUUGUCAAGCGGAUGGGCGGUGAACACGGAGGGGACUGGACCUGGAGGAUCACAGCCAAGCAGCAUGUGAGUGUGGCGGGAUACAUACACACACCUUUAUACCCACCUGGGAAUUAACCAGGCAUAUUUUGUUCCAAUUAUUUGUCUUACAUUGAAAGACAUUUGAGUUUUGAAACUAUUCUUAUUGUCUCCUGGUAUAAAAAUAAAUAAAUGACAAAUUAGAAUGCUACUGAACACAACCCUGGUGUUCUUCCACAGAGUUUUUUUUGUCACAUACACGUGUUUAGCAGAUGUUAUUGCGGGUGUAGCGAAAUGCUUGUGCUUCUAGCUCUGACAGUGCAGUAAUAUCUAACAAGUAAUAUCUAACAAUUUCACAACAUAUACCCAAUACACACAAAUCUAAGUAAGGAAUGGAAUUAAGAAUAUAUACAUAUAUGGACGAGCAAUGACAGAGCGGCAUGGACUAAGAUGCAGUGGAAUAUUAUAGAACAUUUCAAAACGUUUUCUCCUUCCUACUGAAUAUGACCCAGUUCUUCCUUCCCCCAGAGUUCGGCUCCCCACGCGCCGGUCAUCUCCCUGAUGUUCUACGCUGCUGCCGACACCCAGGGUUCCCUGGAGGCCCACGUGGAAGAGAGAAACCGUCUGGGUUCCAUCACUGGGUUCUCAGAGGAGCUGGGGAACUUCAAGAUCACCUUCCGCAAGCCUGUCGCCGGGGAGUCCUCCAGUGCCAAAUACGCCAGGUAGGUACUCUCCCAAACUGCUAACGUUAGCAUUUCCUAACCCAAAAACCAAUAGAACUCAAUGAAUGUACCCCAAAUUAGCAAUAGCAUGCUUUAAAGCUCAUUCCAAAAUCAUCAACAGAGAGAAAUACUUUUGCAAACAGUGGACAAAUGUGCCACAAUAGUCCCUAUUAAUUAAUAUGUAAAUAAUACCAACAAUAUUAAAUACAUGAAGAAAAUCUGAAGAAAAUGUAAUAACUGAAAAAUAGAAAUGGCACAUAAUCAAUCUUUAUCAAUAAAAUCAGUGAGCCUGUCAAGAGAGAAACAUGAUAUGCGACAGAAAUCAUGUAGUAUGAAACAAAGCAUUGCAAAUAAUAAAGGCACAACUGCUUCAGCAAUGCAUUGAGACACAAAGCAGAGCUAGGACAUCUCUUCAGUGUCUGCACUGAAGAUGGCCAGCCAAACUGCUGUUCUGUCUCUCAUAUAAAGGUUAUGUUAAACCUUUUGAGGGACAGAACAGAGAGACCUUGAUCUGUUCCAGUGGUGAGGACAAGGACAAUAGAGACUCAGAUGCAUAGAAAUCAAAGGAACAGCAAGGUUUCACAAUCAAGCCAUAACGCAGGCCAGAAAAGAGAGUUGAAUAGAAUGUAGGAAGAGCAGGAACACAGUAAACAAACAAGCCUAUCACAAGUGUAUCUGCCAUUUAGACAAGAAAGGACAAGGCUCCUUUUCAGUUUUCAUUCAACAUAACACAUCGGUCAGUAUGGGGUACUCUUUGUCCCUGACCCUUGGCUGAAGUAGUAUGAAAUCACAGAUAGAGGUCAAAGGACAUGCCACUUUCCAGGAGGCCACUGCCCUCUGAAGGGUAUAAAACCCUAUGGUGACUGCAGGUCAAGGGUAUUGGUCUUGCUCCAAUUCUAAGAGGAAGCUUUGGCAAGACGAGAACAUGAGCGAUUCAUAUUACCUUCAGGGUGGUUCACCUUCGUCUUCUCUCCUCAGCUACAACUACCUCCAGACUGUGUCGCCAGGCUUGGAGAGGCUGACGGACAUCGUGAGGAACAGCUUGAACCGCAGGUUUGUCUACAGCCCCCCCAAUGGCGAGAAGAGGCAGUACAUCGCAGUGGACACCUACAAGCCCCCGCACCAGCAGCACCAGCAGAAACCAGCCGACCCCAGAAAGGAGAGCGACUUUGUCCUGCACCAGGUCACUGUCCAGACGCCCUUCCAGAUUGAGGUCCUGUUCGAGUCCGGUAGCUUCCAUGACCGCCCCAACCAGCUUUCAGCGGCGGCCAUGACGGAAGAGCUGGAGAAGAGGAAGGCGGCGUUCGAUGCCAAGUUCGAGAAGACGUUCGGCCUCCAGGCCAAAGGCUUGGGCCAGGCCCAGGUGAAGUUCAGCAAGGCGGCGCUGAGCAACAUGCUGGGUGGAAUGGGUUACUUCUACGGCCAGUCGGUGGUCCAGUCGGUGUACAACGAGUACCCGCUGCUCUACCCUGAGGGCGCCCUGUUCACCGCCGUGCCCUCGCGCUCCUUCUUCCCCCGGGGGUUCCUGUGGGACGAAGGCUUCCACCAGCUGCUACUCAGCAAGUGGGACCCCCAGGUGACGCGGGAGGCCACGGCCCACUGGUUGGACCUAGUCAAUAUGGAGGGAUGGAUUCCCCGGGAGCAGAUCCUGGGCGACGAGGCGCGCAGCAAGGUCCCUGCCGAGUUUGUGGUGCAGCGCAACGAGAACGCCAACCCGCCCACCCUCUUCUUGGCCCUGCAGAAGCUAGUGGAGCAGCUCCAGGCCAACCCGGACGCAGAGUCCUCCCAGCCCACCCUGCCCUUCCUCCGCAGGCUCUACCCCCGGCUCCAGACGUGGUUCGAGUGGUACAACACCACCCAGACAGGCCCGCUGCCCAACUCCUACCGCUGGCGGGGCCGCGACAAGGACACCAACCUCUUCCUCAAUCCCAAGACGUUGACGUCUGGCCUGGAUGACUAUCCGCGGGCCUCGCACCCGUCGGCCGAGGAGCGCCACGUGGACCUGCACUGCUGGAUGGCGCUGGCGUCGGGCAUCAUGGCCAGCGUGGCCCGGCUGCUGGGAGAGCCCCACCAGGAGUACGAGCGCACCCACCAGAAGCUCAGCGACAACGGACUGCUGGACGAGCUGCACUGGUCAGACCAGCUUCGCUCCUUCAGCGACUAUGGCAACCACACGCAGGCGGUGUCGCUGCAGCAGGAGAAGGUGUACGUGCCCCCUGGGCAGCCGAGGCACCAGUUUCCCGUGGCGCGCCUGGUACGCUCGGUCCGCCGGGCCCCCAAGCCGCAGUUCGUCAAUGCUUUGGGCUACAUCAGCCUAUUUCCCUUCCUGCUGCACGUCCUGACGCCCGACUCGCCCAAGCUAGAGCACAUCUUCAGAGACAUGAGGGACGUGGACAAGCUGUGGACGCCCUACGGCCUGCGCUCUCUGUCCAGGGCCGACCCGCUCUACAUGAAACGCAACACGGAGCACGACGCUCCCUACUGGCGGGGCCCCAUAUGGAUCAACAUCAACUACCUGGCCGUCAGGGCCCUGCACCACUACAGCAACACUGACGGGCCAUAUCAGGAGAAGGCGGCCGCCCUCUAUCAGGAACUCAGAACUAAUAUCAUGAACAAUGUUUACAGACAGUAUGCGGAGACAGGGUAUAUCUGGGAACAGUACAAUGACAGCACGGGCAAGGGGCAAGGGAGCCACCCCUUCACCGGCUGGUCGGCACUAACUGUUUUGAUAAUGGCUGAGCAGUAUUGACACUGAUGCUAAAAAAUCUCAUCUUGCUUUUUGUAAGAUGUUCUCUUAAAAUGUGCCAUUAACGUCGACAGAUGUUAAGUCUAUGAUUUAAGAUUUUCUUAAAUAAUGAUUUUCUCAAUUGAUUACAAAACACCAACUCCAAUGUUCCAAUUCUUCCCCUUUGGCUGUCUCAGUGAGUGUUUGUACAAAGCCCAUACCCAGUAAAAUGGAUGAAAGGUUAUUUUUGAAUACCCCAUAUACUUAUCAAUGAACUCCCCAAGUGCCGCCUGACUGAGAGAAGUCUGUUUGAUGGCAGAAACCUUUUAAGAACUAUAGUAACAAUAGUAGUAGUAAAAUAAUAGUCUUGACAGAAAUCAUUCAUACAGUAUCAUAUCAAGACUACUGUACCAGGAACUAAUGCACUUUUCAUGCAUUUUCUGUUGAACAAAACAAUACCUGUAAUUGGUGGACCUAAUUGAGAACUAGUAUAUUCAGUCUUAGCAAAUAUUUGAUCCCUAGGUUAAUUUCAUUUCUGGUUACUUUGAAUUACAAUCUUAUUUAAGCAAGUAUAAAUUGAGGAAUACGUUUUGUUUUCGCCAAAUGUUUAACUGCAAACAAACGGUUUCCUGUUAAUUUUAUCAAUGCAAAACAAGAGAAAGAUGUAUUGUAUCUCCACUGGUAGCAGAUAUUCUGAGUGGCACGGAAUAACAUGAGUCACUUCAUUGCAUUGGUUUGUUACAUCUUCAGUGAGAAGAACAAUAAAUAUGUUGAAACCUUA